AUGAGCUGGCGCACUGACGAGCAGUGGCUAGCCGAAGCUCAGCAAUGGGCAGAUUGGGACGUUAAUGCUACUACUAAGGCACAAGUGCAACACCUGGUAGCAAUUAAAAAUGUGUCUCGUAUUCGCGAGCUGUUUAGUAAUCGUGUUACGUUCGGCACCGCCGGUUUACGCGCUGUGAUGGGUCCAGGACCCGCGAGCAUGAACGACCUCGUGGUCAUUCAAACAUCACAAGGAAUUUGCAAAUAUCUUACCCAACAGUUUGGUGUUAGAGCCAAGCAAAUGGGGAUAGCUCUGGGUUAUGACCAUCGUCAACAAGGUUCAUUGAGUUCCCGACGCUUUGCUGAGCUUACAGCCUCAGUCUGUCUGUAUAGUGGCUUUAAGAUUUAUCUAUACGACGAUUAUGUGGCUACGCCCUUGGUCCCGUUUUGUAUCGAGCAAAAAGGUUGUGCGGCCGGAGUGAUGGUCACGGCAUCUCAUAACCCCAAGGCUGAUAACGGCUACAAAGUGUAUUGGAAUAAUGGAAGCCAAAUCAUUCCACCGCAUGAUGAGGGGAUUGCUCUUCAAAUUAUGUCCAACCUUGCUCCUUGGAGAUUACAUAAUGACUCGCUUGAAUCACUUCGAACGAUCUUCCCCGAACUGCUGUGUAAUCCCACCGAGGAGCUGAUGAAAUGCUAUUUUGAAAAGGCUAGCGCCAAUCUCUGUCGCUUUCCACAGGCCAACGCUGAUACUGAGUUGAAAAUUGCUUACACGGCCAUGCAUGGUGUUGGUCACGCUUUUACUAGUCGCUGUUUUGAGGCUUUUGGCCACAAAAAGUAUAUUCCCGUUCAAGCUCAAUUAUUACCAGACCCCGAAUUUCCAACUGUUGCAUUUCCGAACCCUGAAGAAGGCAAAGGAGCGUUGCAACUUGCAAUUGAAACUGCCGAAACCAGCGGAGCAAGCUUGAUCUUAGCCAAUGAUCCGGAUGCCGAUCGUCUAGCAGCAGCUGAACGCGAUUCGACCUCUCUGUCUGGUUGGCGUAUUUUCACAGGAAAUGAGAUUGGAGUUCUCUUAGGAUGUUGGGAGUUGGAGCAGUAUUUACGUCUUCAUCCAGGCUGUAACCGCUCCCAACUGUACUUCAUUGCAUCGACUGUGUCAUCAAAAAUGUUGCGAGCUGUUGCGAAUGCGGAGGGCGUAAGCUUCGAAGAAACGCUGACUGGAUUUAAAUGGAUGGGCAACAAAACAGCCGCGUUGCGUGAAAAUGGAAAGACGGUUUUAUUUGCAUUUGAAGAAGCAAUCGGAUUUUGCCUCGGUGAUCUUGUUAAAGACAAAGACGGUGUUGUUGCGGCUGCUGUGUUUGCUGAAAUUGCAGUGCAUUUGCACGCCAAAGGGAUGACGGUUAGCCAACACCUUCAAACGUUGUACGAACGCCACGGACACUUUGUGACGCACAAUCACUAUGUGAAAUGCAACGAUCCUGAAAAGAUUCGGUCUAUCUUCGCACGUUUACGCAAUAAUGGUGAGUAUUGGCAGAGCUGCGGCGACUUUGCAAUUACUGGUGUGCGGGACCUUACGACGGGGUAUGAUAGUUCUCAACCUGAUAAACGCGCAGUGCUUCCUGUAAGCGACUCAACUGAGAUGAUUACGUACACUUUUGCUAAUGGAUGUAUCGCCACAUUGCGAACUAGUGGCACAGAGCCAAAGCUGAAAUACUAUGUAGAACUCGCUGGUCGCGUGGGUCAGACUCGUGAAGAAGUCACGAGUGAACUGGAAAAACAGGUUAAGCAAAUUCUCGAGCUAAUGUUGCAGCCGAUUAAAAACAGACUCGAGCUCCCAUCAACAUCCGAAUAA